UAGAGGUUUAAAACUGCUUCCUAUAUUGUCGUAUUCACUAUAAAGUAGCCCAUCAUAUGAUGUUAGUGCCCAGUGGCAUUGCAGAGGGCCUCCUCUAACACCCCAUCUCAUCAGCUUUCCGUCGUGGGUUGUUAAGCCGGCCCAAAUAGAAAAGUACAAAAUCCACGGGGGAUAACGUGACAAGUCCAUGGACCAGGCCCACCGCGUAGUUAUCACAACGGGCAUUUCCCGCCAGCCACAGUAUAUUCCUUAUAAGAACAGGACUCCAUUGUUAGAUAGAUUAUUAGCAAACCAAAGUAUACCAGGAUUUGACACUGAGUGUGUGUGAGAGAGAGAAAUAUGGAAGAAGGUCUGUUGUUGAAGAACAGAGGAGACGAAAAGGAGGCACUGAGAUGGGGUGUUUUUGCAGAGGAAGUAAAGAAUGUUGGUUACAUAGCUGGGCCUAUGGUGGUAGUGACCAUUUCAGAAUACCUGCAACAAGUCAUCUCUGUAAUGAUGGUUGGACACCUCGGCGAACUCUCUUUGUCUAGUACCGCCAUCGCCACUUCCCUUGCCGGUGUUACUGGAUUUAGUCUGAUUCUAGGAAUGGCAAGUGCACUAGAAACUCUAUGUGGGCAAGCCUAUGGAGCACAACAAUAUCGACAGCUUGGAGUUCAAACUUAUGGAGCCAUAAUUUCCCUCAACUUGGUCUGUUUCCCCAUUGCUCUUGUAUGGAUUUCAAUGGGAAAACUACUGCCUUUGAUAGGCCAAGACCCUUCAAUAUCAAUUGAAGCUGGGAAAUUUGCUAUCUGGCUCAUACCUGCAUUGUUUGCUUAUGCAACCCUUCAACCAUUGAUUAGAUACUUUCAGUCUCAGAGUUUGAUAUUUCCCCUGCUCCUGAGUUCCUGUACAAGCCUACUUCUUCAUAUUCCCCUUUGUUGGGUGUUGGUACUAAAGUCAGGAUUAGGAAACUGCGGAGCUGCAUUAGCAAUCAGUCUAUCAUAUUGGUUUAAUGUCAUCUUCCUUGGGUUGUACAUGAAGUACUCCUCAUCUUGUGAUAAAACUAGAGUACCACUGUCAAUGGAGGCGCUUCAAGGUGUCAGCCAGUUCUUCCGAUUGGCAAUCUCUUCAGCUGUAAUGAUCUGUCUUGAUUGGUGGUCAUUUGAGGUGCUUAUCUUGUUGUCUGGGCUCUUAUCAAAUCCAGAACUUGAAACUUCAGUCCUUUCUAUAUGCCUCACUACCACCUCAUUGCUCUAUACCAUACCAUAUGGCAUAGGUGCUGCUGCAAGCACUCGAGUUUCAAAUGAACUGGGAGCUGGAAACCCACAGGCAGCCCAAGUUGCUGUCUAUGUUGUGAUGCUUCUUUCAGUGACAGAGGCGGUUAUAGUAAGCACAGCCCUCUUUGCAGGCCGAUAUAUUUUGGGUUAUGCCUACAGCAAUGAGAAGGAAGUAGUGAAUUAUGUCACAAAAAUGGCACCUCUGUUUUGCCUCACAGUUAUCAUGGACAGCCUACAAGGAGUUCUCUCAGGUGUGGCUAGAGGAUGUGGGUGGCAACACAUAGGGGCCAUCAUAAACUUGGGGGCUUUCUACCUUGUUGGAAUUCCAGUAGCAGCUCUAUUAGGUUUCUACAUACAUUUAAGAGGAGAAGGCCUCUGGAUUGGAAUACUGACUGGGUCUACUUUGCAAUCAGCCCUUCUUGCUCUCAUAACAAGCUGUACAAACUGGAAAAAGCAGGCACUCAAGGCCAGGGAUAGGCUAUUUGAGAAUCAACAAAGAUUGUAUUGAUGCAAAUAAGAAGUUUUGAUGAUACCCAACUGUUGUCACUUAAGCAUAUGAGACAGUUGGCCUUUCUCCAUAAAUAAUUACUGUAAUUUGUUUAACUACCAUUUAUGAGCCAAAUAUAUUGGUAAAUGGCAUGUGAACUUCUGAUCUUUUAGUGUUAUGCCUUGAGAUCAGGCUACUGGGAUUAGUUUAGUAUCUACAUUUGCACCUAAAAUUAUAUUGGUAAUGUUGUUUCAAUGCCUUUUGCAGGUAGUUGGUGGCAAUUCUUGACCAUAUCCACCAAUCGCCAAAAGAAUCAAUUUGGAUCAGAUAGAGCACAUAUGCUGAUGGGGUUUUUGGUUGGGAAAAAGUUCCUACUCUAAGUUGUCUGAUAUUUUCUGGUUCACAGUAGGCCUGUUUUCUAGGAAGUUCAGAUUGUUGUGUAUUUCCAACCUGACAUCACCCAUUGCCACAAACCUACUCCUAGAUGAUAGGAGUUUAGCUAUUCCAUAUAGCCGUAUCAUCCAAUUGAUGGUUUGUGGUGUACAAAAUCUUUGGGAUACUCAACUGAACUAAACUCGGCCUUAACCCCAACUGUUUGCGGUCAGCUACAUGAAUACUGCCUGCCAUUGUGCAUUAUCAAGAGCCAAUUUUUACUGUAUAAUGUUAGAAAUCUUGGACAUAGAGGUUAUAAAUUGAAUUCUUCAGAUUUGUAAAAUUCACAGGUUUUACAUUAUUGACUG